AGUUCCAGAAAACACCGGUGACACUUCGGUGACACCGGUUCUCCGAUCCGCGAUCCGCGGCGAUCCCACCGGGUCCGCGUCCCCAUGGGUGCGAUCGGAUCGGUGGGAGAGCGGAACGAGCAGAAGUUGGUGGAUUUACAGAUCGUGGGCCUGGAUUCCAUGGCUUAAGAAAAGCUUGGCAGGCUUUGCUUGGCUAGGUGUCCUUGUUUGUUUCCAUUUGUUCCGUUGUUUGGUCUGUCCCCUGGAAAGGAGUGAUUGGUGAUGUUCAUUGAUUCAUUGAUAUAUCUGCAUCGUGUUCAUGUUCAACGCAUUAAGGCAUGGCUGUGGUUGUGAAUUGUGUUAUGCCACCAUCAGGGAAUCUACUUUGUUCAAUCAGGGCUCCUACAAGGGUACCAUAGGGUACCCAUCAGCCUGCCUGCGUAUACAUUACUCUAUAGACCUUAUAUAGGACCACCAGUGGAUACCCAUUGCCCCAGUGCUAAGGACCUAACAGUUGAUGUUUGUCAGAUUCUUCCCAACAAGAGAUACACAUGCCACAACAUGCCACAGACCACCUGAAACAAGCAGUGGCAGGGACCCAACUUGGAUGGAAAGGACUGGACAUUUGGGUGAUUGUGAUGCCUUUGAUGAGAUGCAGUCUGAGGAUGGAGAAGGAUUCGAAGUGAAAGUACCUGAGUCUUUGAAAGGCAUUGAACUCCGAGACAAGGUCCGAGACCAUCUUCCUAUCAAAGCAGGUGCUCGAGUCCUUUUCUGGCACGCAGAGUCAGGCUCCAGUUCGAGCAAGAUGCUAUCACCUAGCAAGACUUUGAAGGAACAAGGGCUUACUGGAGAGAAUGCACGUUUGUCCUUUAUCUACGACACCAUCAAGCUCUACGACGCUUGGGUGUUUCUGGACGCCCUACGCAGCUCGUAUGUGGCCAAUCGCGCGACGUUGGAGGAGGUCCGCACGUGCUUGGAAGGCAUCACAAAGAUCUGUGGCCUUCGAACUGUGAAUCAGCUUCGACAUUUGCCCGAGAGUCUUCACAGUCUGACGUUGUGCAGUGAGAUCAACUUGGCACAAAUCACCUGGCCCAACAGCCUUCGACAUUUGACCUUUGGUGAACGCUUUGAUAUGAAGCUGGAUGGAAUGUGCUGGCCCAGCGGCCUUUUGACUCUGAACUUGGGUGACCAGUUCUCUCAGCCUUUGGAAGGGGUUCAUUGGCCAAGCAGUCUGCAGAGUCUAACCUUGGGCUGCAGCUUCAAUCGGAGUUUGGAAGGAAUGAAAUGGCCGAGCCAGUUGCAGAGUUUGAGGCUUGGCGAGAGGUUCAACCAAAGUUUGGAGCGAGUGAUUUGGCCAGAAAGCCUGCAGCAUUUGACGUUUGGCUCCGACUUCAAUCAGAGUUUGGAGUGCAUCAACUGGCCCAGCUGCCUUGCGAGCUUGAGCUUGGGUGACCACUUUAAUCAGACUUUGGAACUGAUGGCCUGGCCCGUGAAUCUGCGAAGCCUCAUCUUCGGCCUCCAGUUCAACCAAAGCAUCGAGCAGCUUUCACGCAAAUGGAGCAGCCUCCAGACCCUGAGCUUCGGCGAGCACUUCGACCAAAGCAGAGUCACCUGGCCCUCUGGCUUGCGUCAUUUAAGCCUUGGCUUCAAUCAGAGCGUAGAUCCCAAAUCACUGCCCAAGAACUUGGAAGCCUUGAGUAUUUGCAAGGCCUGCCGUCCAAUCUUGGAACGAAUGGCCUUUGAGGGCCGAUUGCAGAGUCUCAAGUUUGGUGAGCACUUCAACCAGAGUUUGGAAGGAAUGACAUUGCCGGGCACCUUACUGAGUCUCACUUUCGGCACUGACUUCAAUCAGCCUUUGGAGCGAGUGACAUGGCCCCGCCGUCUGCAGAGCUUGACCUUUGGGGACCACUUUAACCAACGCCUAGACCGAGUGGUGUGGCCAGAGAGUCUCGAGAUUCUCACCUUUGGCAAGUAUUUCAGCCGAAGUUAUCAGAGUCUGAAGAGAAUCGCAUUACCCAGACGGCUCCAGCGCUUGACGCUCGGCAGUGCCUUCAACGAAAGCUUGGACGAAGUGAUUUGGACCAGUACCUUGCAGAGUUUGACUUUCGGCGAUGACUUUAACCAAUGCAUUCAGAAAGUGAUUUGGCCGGAGGGCCUUUGCGAACUGACCUUUGGCAAGAACUUCAACCAGAGCUUGGAAGGAGUGACUUGGCCUACGAACCUUCAAUGCUUGACCUUCGGUCUUUGCUUCAAUCAGAAUUUGGCGAACGUUGUUUGGCCUGAUGGCUUGCAGACUUUGUCGUUUGGCAAUUGCUCCACUUGCUUGAACACCUUGAAAUUGCCGAGCCUCAAAAGCUUACGUCAUAGAGGUCUCCUGUUGAGUGCUUUUUGAGACCAACAUCCGCUCUUGGUCACUUUCCAGCGUGUGCAAAAGUGACCGAUAGACAGUGACGAGAGAGCAUCGACGUGCGAGAGAGACAGAGAGAGAGAGAGAAAGAGAGAGAGAGAUAUA